UCCCCAAAGCAGAAACCUGAUUUUCCCGUCAAUCACACCCGACUUCCCCACGACGCCGUAAACCUGGCAGCGCAUCAUCCUCGCCUCGUCAGGCCUUUGGUGGUACAGCGGUUGAGCUUGGAAGCCAACACAGCACGCGUGCCACUCGACUCAAACAUGCCUGCACGCCUGUGCAACCCCAACGCAAUUGAAUCGGCCGCCUCCGUCUGUGCUGGUAAACCAUCACAACAGGAUUACAUCCGCCAAAACCUCCAGGGCACGCGUGUGUGAACAAUUAAACCCUUUUUUUCCACCCACUCACCCAACCCAAACUCGUGCAAAUCUCCCCUCGACCAUGAAUGACAUCAUUCCUUGUUUGGUCCAUUCCCUACAUAGAUGCACCCAAAACAAAACAGUCAGGGUUGAGAACCAAAACACCAUGCCUCAUCCCUGCAUGAUUAACUUCACACUAAAAACCAAUCGUGCAUUGCUAAUUACAAAAAGCCCGACGCGACGCGCCGUGGCUGCAAAACUCAUUCAUCAUUCCACACAUGCAACAUCAUAUGUACUGAGUUUAUUUUUGGACGCGUGUUGUUGCUGCUGCUGCUGCUGCUGCUGCUGCUACCGAAUGAUUGGGGGGUAUUUUGAAAAACCGCACGACACGCAAUUCGGAAAAGAAAACCUAACAAGCUUUUGCAAACCCAUCAUCCCCUCUCCUGCUUGUUCAUCCCUUCCCGUCAUUCCAUGCCCCAGCUCCCCAUGGCUCUUGUAA